AUGGCGCGUGAGUGUGAUCCCGAGGGAAGUCGCACGCAGGGUGUGUUCACCAAACCUGACUUGGUAGACAAGGGUGCCGAGAACAAGGUCAUCGACUUGGUGGAAGGCAAAACCUCUUCCUUGAAGCUUGGCUGGAUUGUUGUGCGCAAUGCCGGUCAACAGCAGCUAAUUGACCAGAACUCCAACCGAGACGAGGUUGAGGGCCAGUUCUUCCGUGAAGUUCACCCAUGGACCGACCUUCCGAAAGACAAAGUUGGCGUUGCUGCUCUCAAGAUCCGCUUACAAGAUGUGCAAACCACCCAAAUGCGCGCCGAGGUUGGCCGAAACUUGAAGGCCAUGAAGCAGGAUUUUUCUGCUCUUGGUAUUGAGCGAAGUACUCCAGAGCAGCAGAGAAGCUUUCUAGUCGACAUCAUAAUUAAGUUUCAAAACAUUGUCUCGCAGGCUAUGGCAACUUCCUAUGGCACACAGGAACUGUUUGAGAAAGACGAAGAUACUCGACUCGUCACAAUAGUAAGAAACCGCAUGGAUGGUUUCAAGUCCGACAUGGAAGAAUAUGGAUUUGAGUAUCAAUUUCUUCGUUGGGAGUCAGGAACACAGCAGCCCAGUUCCGCAGAAGUUAGACCUGAAUCUAAAUCUGAUAGCGAUGAUGACGAUGAGAAGGCGGAUGGGAUCCCUGUUCGUAAGAACAUGAAUUUGCCAGAGCACAGUGGCGCCAUUGAUGGUAUUCUCCAGGAACAAGUGAACAUAAGGAAGCCUGCAGACGAUAGCAUACUCGCAUGGAUCGAGGAUAAAUAUUUUGCUUCCCGCGGAUUCGAGAUGGGAACAUUCCAGACAUCUCUACUGUGCACCAUAAUGAACAAGCAAUCAGGCAAAUGGACCGAACUUGCACUCGGAUAUGUUAGCGAUGUGGUUGAUAUCGUGCAUACAUUCAUUCUCAAAGUCCUCCUAUCCAUCUGCCCAGAUGAACAAAUCCGCGACAAGUUAGUGAAUAUUCUCGUCGAUGAACUGUCCAAGAGGUACAGGGAAGCGAUGGACCAGGCCCAGAUGAUUCUCGAUGUCGAGCACACGAACCUGAUGACCUUGGACAACGAAUUUCAACAUAAGCUCGGCAUAGCUCAAAAUAGAAAGUGUGAGCAGUGUGAGAUUGUAAAGGGUAAGAAAAAAGCCCCAAUAAGCAACGCCCCAAUGACCAACACCCAACGCACCGUUCGUUACAUCCAUGAUACCCUGGCGGCCUACUACGCAGUGGCAUCCAAGCGGUUCAUCGACAAUAUCUGCAUGCAAGCCACCGGCUACUGUCUGCUCACCGGACCACGAAAGCCGCUUGGACUCUUCUCGCCCCAAUUUGUUGCGGAUCUGGCGCAAGACCAGCUUAUGGAGAUUGCGGGGGAGAAUGCGGUGCUGAGCCGGCGACGUGCCCAGCUGAAGAAAGGGAUUCAGGACCUGGAAACUGGCCGAAAGAUUAUGAUGUAG